CAACACAAAACAGCAACAAACAUCUUCACCUUCAAUUCUUCCAUUCCAUUCACCAUGGCAGUUUUCACAUUCGAGGACCAAACCACCUCUCCCGUGGCUCCUGCCACCCUUUACAAAGCUCUUGUAAAAGACGCCGACAACAUCGUCCCAAAGGCUGUUGAUUCCUUUAAGAGUGUUGAAAUCGUUGAGGGCAACGGUGGCCCAGGAACCAUCAAGAAGAUCUCUUUCCUUGAGGAUGGGGAGACAAAGUUUGUGUUGCACAAAAUAGAAGGAAUAGAUGAGGACAAUUUGGGAUACAGUUACAGCAUUGUUGGAGGUGCUGCUUUGCCAGACACUGCAGAGAAGAUCACGAUUGACUCCAAACUUAGCGAUGGUCCCAACGGAGGCUCAGUUGUAAAGCUGAGUAUAAAAUACCACAGCAAAGGAGAUGCUCCACCCAAUGAAAAUGAGCUCAAAGCUGGAAAAGCCAAGAGUGAUGCUCUUUUCAAGGUCAUUGAGGCUUACCUUUUGGCCAAUGCUUGAAUUAUUAUCAGCUGUCUUUGAUUACAUCUUUGUGUGUUUAUCUUAAAACUUGGCUUCCAACUUAACGCACUGUUUACUUUCUUAUUUUUGUUUUGUCCUAUUGGGAAAUAUUUUUCCAAUAUCUUUUGUAUCUCAGUUCAUCAAUAAAUUAUAAUAAA